AUGAACACAAACAACAACAACACAAACAACAACAACAACAACCCCCUGAAGAAAACCGAUGAUCUCGGAUCUUCUUCAGAUGACGACCUACUAGCCUCUAGUCAAGAGACUCUGGUCGCAAUGUCAGACAGCUUGGGUGACCGUCACAGCACUCUACUGCCCUCCAAAAACUUGACGAAUGCACCUCUUCAAUCGGAUGCCAAGACUGGCGACCAAUUGAAGAAGAAAAGAAAAAAGAGGAAGAGUCAGAAAGACAUCCUCAAAUCCCGUUACGCCAAGGCGAUAUUCAUUCUUGACAAGAUUGACAAGAAUGCUGCCAGCGGUGCCCCCCAUGAGCGUGAUGAAGAAGAUCGCGCCAAAUACCAGGCUGUGGUUGAUGAGUACCAAAAGUUUUUGGAUUCCGUACCCAGUACAUCAAAGGCAGCAGCCGAAGAAACAGAGAGGUCCAAGCGCAAUCGCUCUCAGACAGAGGGAGAGAAGUCGCCUAAACGGAGAAAGGUUGUAGAGAAAAAAUCCACUCCGGGACCCACAUCAACCACGACUACAUCCGCCAGACGGCCCUUCAACGAGGUGGUUAAGGACCAUCUUCUAAUGGCUCUGGCGACCGAGAAAGAAUGGCACCAUCAAUCCUGUGGUAACAGAAUGGGGACUGGUACAGCACCUCGUUUUGACUCUGGUGAGAUUCACCGGGGCUACAGGGUGAUCAAAUGCAUGGACGAGUUCUCAAAGGACUUUCUUAGCAAGUGCAUCGCAAAGAUUAGUGGUGCAUUGGAAGGUUUAAGCCUUAAACAGAUCCCUGCUCAAGAAAUUCCAAUGAGACCGCGUGCACGUAUUUGGUUACCGAAGAUGGCAACCGAUGCGCAUAAGUUGGUGGAGUGUCUGAAGCUACAGAACCCCGACAUCCACACGGAUGACUGGUCCAUCAUCCGCACCGAGCAAGGCGAUGGCCACACAUUCUUAGUCCUCGCCAUCACCUAA